AUGGAGUGUGCCAACCGCACAGGUGUAGUGUCUUGGGAACUGGGAGAGCACAUUGCCUCCUACCUGGUCCAAGCAUCCAGCCCAGAUGGGCAUCAAACAUAUUGUAGCAGCCCCACCACCAGCUGCAGAUUAGCUAGCUUACACUGUGGCCAAGCCUACAACCUCACACUUACUGCUCAGGACAGCCACUGUAACAGCCAAAACGCCUUUUCACAAUUACAGUCAGUUCCAUGUGAACCUACCAAUGUGCAGGCUUCUCUUGUUUGCCUCUCUAACUCUGCGGCUGUGACAUGGCAAAGUGCCAGUGGGGCAUUAUCCUACCAGGCUGGGGGUAUCACUGUAGACGGCUUCCAUAAGUCCUACUGCAAUAGCAAUGUGACACACUGUAACCUAGAGCAUCUGCUCUGUGGAAAGACUUAUAACGUGUCUGUGCUAUCUAUGGACCACGCAUGCAGCAGCAAAGAAAGUUUGUUCACACAACUGCAUACUGCACCCUGUCCUCCUCAGGCCGUCAAUGUUAAGGUGAACUGCUCUGCUGGCUCAUUAAUGGUCACAUGGCCGGCCAAUCCAGAUGCAGAAUCUUUCCAUGUGAGGGCACAAACCAGUGAUGGAUCUUUUCUGGCAUGCGAUUCCACUAGCACCAGCUGUUCAAUCAGUGGCUUGCCAUGCGGACAGUCAUAUUCUGUCACUGUAACAUCUGUCAGGAGUGGCUGUGAAAGCCAGCCCAGCACAGCAGUUAAUGUGACCUCAGCUCCUUGUGUUCCUCAAGGAGAGGUAGCUAACCUGGACUGUGUUAGUAACUCAGCUUGGGUGACUUGGCUACAAGCAAAGGGGGCAGAUUCUUAUUCUGUACUUGGCGUGGAGAAGGGUGGAGCCAACUCCAGCUGCUCGGCUGCAAAUCUGCACUGCAAUGUCCCCGACCUGCUCUGUGGAGCCACGUACACCUUCCACAUUACUGCUGUAAACUCAUUCUGCAGAAGCGAACCUGGCAACGCCUUCCAGAUUCAGACAGCUCCAUGUGCCCUCACCUCCAUCACUGCACGCACAGACUGUUACAGCAGCCAUAUCACAGUUAACUGGCAGCUGAAUGAGGGAUCUUCCUUUUAUGUGGCUACAGCUGAAGGUAAUGACCAAAGCAUUUUGAUGUGCAACAGCACUGGCACGUCCUGUGACCUCUCUGGAGCAAAGUGUGGAAUGCAGUACACCAUUAUAAUUUCCGCAUCCUCCGACAAAUGCAGCAGCAUGCGGAGUCCACCCUUUAAGAUGCAAACAGAAUCUAACAACGAACCCAGUGUGUGA